AUGACGGUGAUUGGCAAGCGGUUGGACAUCCCCGUGGUGAGCACGACCGUGGGGGACGCGACGCCGGACUUUGAAUUCAUAGCGACCGCGCUCGCGGGUGAUAAUCCUGCGGCGAGUGAGAAGACGCAGAGGGAGCUGGGGUGGAACCCGAUGGGCAGUGGUCAGCCGGGCUUGCUGGCGGACUUGGAUACCAACUACUUUUGA